AAUGGCUUUAGGAGAUAUAGUUGGUUUGAGCAACAAGGAGGGCUUUCGUUUAGUCUUUUGGAUUUGGGGUAUCUUUUCUGUCUAAGCAUACACCAGAACGAUGUCCAGACGUCUUCCAUUACACACCUGUGGAGUUUCAAUUCUAGAAACUGCUCAUAGAGCCUACAAAAAAGCUCAAGAUAUCAAUGGACCGAUAGGUUCAAUGACGAAAACCAUAGCCACAUUAGUCACAGGACUCACAGCAGCCUUCCCAUUUGUCUACACCAUACAAUGCCAGUGUCUAGCAGUCCUCUCCUUUGCGGACGGUUACAUUCUAGCUGUUGAGAACAUAAUCGAAACCCUUUUCCCGCCAUCAACUCGUUUAUUCAACAAGAUUGAUGAUCUAGUCCUCACUGCAGAAGCUCUUCCAGUAAAAUUUGACAAUGCUGUGAAUAAAUUCCCUACAAUUAUUCACCAAGUCCCAUUUCUAGAUUGGGCACUGGUCUAUUCAAUCUCGUGGUUGAAUUUUGUGAUAUCUAGAUUGACUCAUUGGGGAUUCAACAAUACUAGGGAGAAAGACAUUGUUGUUGAUAUCAACUGCAACAAUGUGAGCAAUGAAUCGGAUAAAGCAUACUGUCAUGAAGAGUCACCAACCCAAACUGGCGAAACACACUGCCCUGUAGCAUCUCCGACCCCAAUUCAAUGCGAGAAUGAGGAGAAGCCAUCUCCUAAAUUCGAUUCUUCGCAAGAUGAGACCGGGAUAGUUGACAGGCCAGCCAAGUUCGAUGUUAUAAAGUGCAGUUACAAGGAAAUGCUGGAGAAGGGGAAAAAUGAAAACUCAGAAAGCACUGAAGGCUUUGAUAGCUAUAGAAAGACGGUGGAGGGUGAUGACACAAAUAAAAGCAAGGAAUGUGGCAUGGGGGCGGAUCCGAUUUUAGAACUGUUUGAGACAAGCUGGCACAUGAAUACACCAAAAGCAGGUAAAUGAAGUUAGUACCAUGUUCUGUUCUUUCAUUAGGAUCCUCUCCUACGAAAAAUGGGGUCCAAGCAUUUAUCGAACAGCACACAUGGUGCCACGCCGUCCCCUAGAACUCACUGUGCGCGCCAUUUGUACCUCGAAGAGGAAAAACUGCAAGCUUGUAAUAGGGAAAUAGUAGAAAUGGAUGAGGCAGCUUUGAGUUUUUUUUUUUGGCCUAAAACUAUACUUGGUGGUUUGGGGUAGCUGCGAUGGUUUUGUAACUAGAAGCCGCUUAUAUUAAUGGCUGCUUCUAUUGUAGUACAAUUUUGGUGAGUUUAUAUUCCACAGUAUUGAGUUUUUAGGACUCAAUGCUAAGACAAUAAUAUGUACUUAUAUAAGUGCUUGGCAAAUUAUGUACAUACAUAAACUAUGGAAAUGUUUGAAAAUUUUUCUCAUAAGGUAAGAUUAAUUUUCCCUGCA